AUGAUUGAAGAAGCUAAAAAUGAUCCCCCUUUCCAACUUAAACUUCCUCCAAAGGCAGCUAGACCUGAAAAAGAAGUUGACCCGGAAUAUGAAGAGAAGAUGAAAACUGAUCGAGCAAAAAGGUUUGAAUUCCUCCUGAAGCAGACAGAACUUUUUGCACAUUUUAUUCAGCCUGCAGCACAAAAAUCACCAACAUCUCCAUUGAAAGUCAAGCUGGGACGACCAAGGAUGAAGAAAGAUGAAAAACAGUGUUUGAUUUCAGCUGGGGAUUACCGUCACAGGCGCACUGAACAAGAAGAAGACGAGGAGCUGUUGUCAGAGAGUCGAAAGACAUCUAAUGUGUGUAUUCGAUUUGAGGAGUCUCCUUCAUAUGUGAAAGGAGGAACACUAAGAGAUUAUCAGGUUAGAGGUUUGAACUGGAUGAUCUCAUUAUAUGAAAAUGGUGUUAAUGGCAUUCUGGCAGAUGAAAUGGGUCUUGGUAAGACUCUGCAAACUAUAGCAUUAUUAGGCUAUCUGAAGCAUUACCGAAACAUUCCUGGGCCACACAUGGUCCUGGUUCCAAAAUCAACUUUGCACAAUUGGAUGAAUGAAUUCAAACGUUGGGUUCCAUCGCUACGUGCUGUUUGCCUUAUUGGAGAUAAAGAUGCCAGAGCUGCUUUUAUUCGGGAUGUUAUGAUGCCUGGUGAAUGGGAUGUUUGUGUUACAUCAUAUGAAAUGGUAAUUAAAGAGAAAUCUGUCUUCAAGAAAUUUAACUGGAGGUAUCUGGUAAUUGAUGAAGCCCACAGAAUAAAGAAUGAGAAGUCUAAGCUGUCAGAGAUUGUACGUGAAUUCAAGACAACAAAUCGAUUGCUGCUCACAGGAACUCCUUUACAGAAUAACCUGCACGAGCUGUGGGCAUUACUCAAUUUUCUUUUACCUGAUGUCUUCAAUUCUGCAGAUGAUUUUGACUCAUGGUUCGACACUAAAAAUUGUCUUGGUGAUCAGAAACUUGUAGAAAGACUUCAUGCUGUUCUGAAGCCAUUUUUAUUACGCCGCAUAAAAGCUGAAGUGGAAAAGAGUUUGCCUCCAAAGAAGGAAGUAAAAAUAUAUCUCGGGCUCAGCAAAAUGCAGAGGGAAUGGUACACAAGGAUCCUGAUGAAAGAUAUUGAUAUCCUGAAUUCAGCUGGGAAAAUGGAUAAGAUGCGUCUGCUGAAUAUUCUGAUGCAGCUGCGGAAGUGCUGUAACCAUCCGUACCUCUUUGAUGGUGCUGAGCCAGGCCCUCCUUACACCACUGACACACAUCUCAUCACUAACAGUGGUAAAAUGUUAGUUCUGGAUAAACUGCUGGCAAAGCUCAGAGAGCAAGGUUCCAGAGUUCUGCUUUUCAGUCAGAUGACUCGCUUACUGGAUAUUUUGGAAGACUAUUGCAUGUGGCGUGGGUACGAGUACUGCCGACUUGAUGGGCAGACACCACAUGAAGAAAGAGAGGAAGCAAUAGACACAUUUAAUGCUCCCAAUAGCAGUAAAUUCAUUUUCAUGCUGAGUACCAGAGCUGGAGGUCUUGGAAUUAAUUUGGCAACUGCUGAUGUGGUUAUUCUCUUUGAUUCAGAUUGGAACCCUCAAGUAGAUCUGCAAGCCAUGGAUCGUGCGCAUCGUAUUGGUCAAAAGAAACCAGUACGGGUGUUUCGACUAAUCACUGAUAAUACUGUUGAAGAGAGGAUUGUAGAAAGAGCUGAAAUAAAACUGAGACUGGACUCUAUAGUUAUACAACAAGGAAGGCUUAUAGACCAGCAGUCUAACAAACUGGCAAAAGAUGAAAUGCUGCAGAUGAUCCGUCAUGGAGCCACCCAUGUUUUUGCUUCCAAAGACAGUGAGCUGACAGAAGAAGAUAUAACCACUAUUUUAGAAAGAGGUGAAAAGAAGACAGCUGAAAUGAAUGAACGAUUGCAGAAAAUGGGGGAGAGCUCUUUACGGAAUUUCACUAUGGACACAGAGAUGAGCUUGUACAACUUUGAAGGUGAAGAUUAUAGAGAAAAACAAAAGCUGAGCAUGAUGGAGUGGAUAGAGCCUCCAAAACGAGAACGCAAAGCUAAUUAUGCAGUUGAUGCCUAUUUCAGAGAAGCCCUACGUGUUAGUGAACCAAAAGUCCCAAAGGCUCCACGACCUCCAAAACAACCCAAUAUUCAGGAUUUCCAGUUUUUUCCACCACGGUUAUUUGAACUUCUGGAAAAAGAAAUUCUGUAUUAUCGUAAGACUAUAGGAUAUAAGGUUCCCCGGAAUCCUGACCUCCCAAAUGCAGCUCAGGUACAAAAAGAGGAACAAAAGAAGAUAGAUGAAUCUAUGCCUCUGAAUACUGAGGAAACUGAAGAGAAAGAAAAGCUGCUAACACAGGGCUUUACAAACUGGAAUAAAAGAGAUUUUAACCAGUUUAUCAAAGCUAAUGAGAAAUAUGGUCGUGAUGAUAUAGACAAUAUUGCCCGUGAGGUGGAGGGUAAAUCACCUGAGGAGGUCAUUGAGUAUUCAGCUGUUUUCUGGGAACGCUGUAAUGAACUACAGGACAUUGAGAGGAUUAUGGCUCAAAUUGAACGAGGAGAGGCAAGAAUCCAACGGCGAAUCAGUAUCAAGAAAGCCCUUGAUGCCAAAAUUGCAAGGUAUAAAGCACCUUUUCAUCAGCUGCGUAUUCAGUACGGAACAAACAAAGGGAAAAAUUACACAGAAGAGGAAGACAGAUUUUUGAUAUGCAUGUUACACAAGAUGGGCUUUGACAAAGAAAAUGUGUAUGAGGAGCUCAGGCAGUGUGUGCGCAACGCUCCUCAGUUCAGAUUUGACUGGUUUAUCAAAUCUAGAACUGCAAUGGAGUUUCAGAGACGCUGCAAUACUCUGAUAUCAUUAAUAGAAAAAGAAAACAUGGAAAUUGAGGAAAAAGAAAGAGCUGAAAAGAAGAAAAGAGGGGCAAAAGUCACAGCAUCUCAGAAGAGAAAAGCAGAUGUGGCUACUGAGAACUCUGGAAAAAAAGAUGCUAAGAAAGUGAAAUCGUGAACCUGAAAGCUGAAUGCUAAGUGUAGAACUGCCACUUCUCUCCAUCUACAAGUGUUAAUUGCCAACUUCUUUGUAUUCAUGGUACUCUCCUCCAAAUCCCAUGGUUUAAUUUUGCAAAUUUUGUAUACUUUUCAGUGUAUUUCUUUUUCCCUAAAAUGUGUAUUUUUAUAUCUUAUGCAUUCCAGUAUUUUUGUGAACUGUAUUUUGUGAGUUUUAUGUCUUUGGCAAAAUUCACUCAGUCCUUGUUUUUUGAAGCUUGUGCUGAGGUUUUAGCUUUUAUAUGCUGCUGCUUUGAAGAAAAACCUAGAUUCUAUAGCUGUACUAUUGUUGUUUAAUAUUUUAAAUUUUUAUGGCUGUUGGAAAAUAAAGUGACUUAAUUAUUUGAAGAGAAAUAUACUUCCCCUUUGUUUCCCCUACCGUCUCACCCUUUUUUGCAUAGCUACGUUUCGAGUGAAUGUUAAGGGUUGUAUAAU